AGAAGCGCUGGUUAGGGACUUUUCUUGAGAGGGUUGGGUCGGUACUUGGAUAUAUGACGAUUGAUUGUGCUGGGGUUCGAUGGGUCGAAUCUGUUCUAGCCCAGAUCAAGAAUUCCACUUCCGGAAACCACGCGAUCACUGGCCGAGAAAUACGUACGAAUGUGGGGAUGAUAUGCCGGUUAUCUGGGUGAAGCGGUGGGAUUCCAUCGACUCUGGUCUUAGCAUUGACAAGAAAUGUCCUAGCUCCCCACCUUUAAUGAUCAUUCAUGCUGUCUUCGUCCUUGGGCGAAUGUUACGUAGGAUAAGAUCAUGAGAUAAAUACCCCAUCAGUCGCAACCUGAGAGGUGGUGAAAAUCCGGGCCGCUCGGACGGAUGUUUACACGAGCUAUCCAAGAUUCCAAGCUUGAUUUUGCCCUGGUUCGUCGGCCUUGUGAAGGUACACGCAUCCUAGUUUCUCAUGAUGUUCUGGAGCACCACCAGCAAUAUCCUCGGAUGAUACCUAAGCCUUUAAUUUGAGGUAGGCAAUGGUACCUCACGGAUUGCUUCCGUGACGGAUCCUCUUAGCAGAUUGCAUAUAACCUGCCGCCCCCGUCUCCCGUGGGAUCUGGUGCCUUGCAGUGAGUGACAUGACCGUCCCUGUAAGAAGCACGCGAUUCGUCAUAAUGCGUUCUUCUAUCGUGUCUUUGAUCGCUUUUAGCGGCAGCUUAUUCCAAUCCUCGUCUUGGGCUUCCCCAGUCAAGGCACAGAAUGAGAUCCGGGCUAGCUGGCCCUACGGGCCGCUAGUCACGUCCGGCCGUGAUAUCAAAAACACGCAAGGAGGAAAUGUCGUCUAUGCCGGCGCUAACUGGCCAGGCCAUGGUGAAGUGAUGAUCCCGGAUGGACUGCGAUACCAAUCUAUCGAGACUAUCGUUUCGAAGAUCAAGAGCACCGGUAUGAACGCCAUCCGUUUGACGUACGCCAUCCAGAUGAUAGACGAGAUCUACGCCAACAAUGGCCAGGAUACCACCGUGAAGGAGUCAUUCACCAACGCACUUGGCUCGACGAACGGACCUAAAGUUUAUGCUCAAUUCCUCGCGAAUAAUCCUUCGUUCAAUGACAGCACCACCCGCCUACAGGUCUUCGAUGCCGUUGCGGCGGAAUGCCUUAAGCAGCAAGUCUUCGUCCACUUAGACAACCAUAUGUCCGAGGCAGCUUGGUGCUGCUCGACGACCGAUGGCAAUGCUUGGUUCGGAGAUACGUACUACAAUGUGGACAACUGGGUUAGAGGUCUCACGUACAUGGCAAACCACGGGAAGAACUGGCCGGCUCUGACUUCUAUGUCUCUGCGCAACGAGCUUCGCUCGCCGGACGACAACUCAUCGCUCGAGAGCUCGUCGUACAACUGGCGUGACUGGUACACCAACAUCAAGAAGGGCACGAGCGCCAUCAACUCGGCCAACCCGGACGUGCUCAUCUUCCUCUCGGGCCUGGACUUCGACACGUACGUCACGCCGAUCGUGCAGGGUACGGCGCUGACGCCGUCGACCGGCACGUUCAGCACGGCCGACUUCUCGGGCUACACGGACAAGCUCGUGCUGGAGAUCCACAACUACCAGAACAGCGCGACGAGCUGCAGCAGCCUGCAGAGCUCGCUCUACAGCAGCGGCUUCCAGGCGCAGAACGCGAGCGACUCGAAGGCCGUCAACGUCUUCCCCGUCAUGCUGACCGAGUUCGGGUUCGACAUGACCGGCAGCGCGUACCAAGGCACGUACGCCACUUGCAUCGCCAGCUACCUCUCGGCGCAGAAGGCCGGUUGGUUCAUCUGGGUCAUCGCGGGCAGCUACUACAUCCGCUCCGGCACGCAGGACUACGAUGAGACCUGGGGGCUCUUGACGCAUGACUGGUCGGAUUGGAGGUCGCCGGCGUAUAUCUCGAGUGGGCUGGAGCCUCUGGCUCAAGCUACCGCGCAAGGAUGAUGUGGGAUAAUCUAGUCCGUUGGUUGGUAUUCCGUAGUAGCUAGUCGUUUCCGCGUAGCCAAUGAAAAGAAGGACAACUGAAUAGUUCCAUCUUUGUAAAUUUGUGGUGUUGCAGUAUGCGGAUAUCCCCCUUCUUAGAAUUGUCUCUCACUUACUCUUUGUGAGCGCCAUGCCUUUUACCACGUCUUAAAGACACAAAUCAUCAUGGUAUUGACGUCGUAAUUUGGAAAGAUAACCUGUGUCAGAGCAUUGGAAAAGGAAAGGAAGCCAUGACAUGGAUUAGUAAGAAAAGCGAUCCUAUUCUUUAUACCGG